GAGACUCUCUCUUCUUCUAUAAUCGUCACUGCCACUUGCCGCCGUCUCUGCUUCCCGGCGCCGCCUCUUCAGAUGGGGGAGUUGGCUGUUGAUAAGCAUGUUCUGUAUAUUUCCUCUCUUGAAAAGAAAAAGGACAGUUUUGAAUCAUUGGUGAUGGAGCACUUAAGAAUGAGUGGAGCCUACUGGGGAUUGACUGCAUUAGAUCUUUUGGGGAAGCUUGAUUCAGUUGAUUCUGAUCAAAUCAUUCAGUGGAUCAUGCAAUGCCAGCAUCAGUCCGGUGGAUUUGCUGGUAAUGUUGGACAUGACCCUCAUAUUCUGUAUACCCUGAGUGCUGUGCAAGUUCUUGCCCUUUUCGACAAGAUAAAUGUUCUCGAUGUCAAUAAAGUUUCAAAUUAUGUUGCUGAGCUACAAAAUGAAGAUGGAUCUUUUUCUGGUGACAUGUGGGGUGAAGUUGAUACAAGGUUCUCUUAUAUUGCUUUAUGUUGUCUCUCUUUGUUGCAUUGCCUUGAUAAAAUAAAUGUGGGGAAGGCUGUGAACUAUAUAUUAAGCUGCAAAAAUGUGGAUGGUGGAUUUGGAAGUACUCCUGGUGGGGAGUCUCAUGCCGGACAGAUUUUCUGCUGUGUGGGAGCGCUUGCAAUUACAGGGUCUCUGCAUCAUGUUGACAAGGACCUACUUGGGUGGUGGUUAUGCGAACGUCAAGUCAAAUCAGGAGGUUUAAAUGGUCGCCCUGAGAAACUUCCUGAUGUUUGUUACUCUUGGUGGGUUCUUUCUAGCUUGAUAAUGAUUGAUAGGGUUCAUUGGAUUAGCAAGGAUAAGCUUGUUAAGUUUAUCUUAAACUGCCAGGACACAGAGAAUGGAGGAAUUUCCGAUAGACCUGAUGAUGCUGUUGAUGUCUACCAUACAUAUUUUGGAGUAGCUGGUCUUUCACUUCUUGAGUAUCCCGGAUUGAAAGCCAUAGAUCCAGCUUAUGCAUUGCCGGUUGAUGUUGUGAACCGGAUUUUCCUUGAUCGGUGAUUUCUAGCUUGAUUUUCACUAUAUUAUUAUUAUCAAUAUUACCGCGACUGAAAUUCUCAGGUUACUCUGUGGACAGACCUCUGCUAUGUUCUUAAACUUUAUUAUUUUGAAUGAUAAUAUAAUCCUAUGUGCACACUAUGCAUUAUGAUUAUACACAGGGAUCAAUGACUGACAUUUAAGAGAGGGUUUUAAUUUUUUUAAAGUAUUCAUCACACUUUUGAGUUA